AUGCUUACUCGUGACAAGACGCAAGCGGGCGUCGAAAGGUCAGACUUGGAGCGAACGUUGGAGAAACUGGGCUUCAAUGUUGCGGAGGAGGACGAGCACUUAAAAGGUUCAAACAAUCCAGUCGGAUGGAAUCGCCAAGGUGGCAGUGGCUCUGGUGAGAAAGAGUUUGGGCAAGAGAAGGAGCUUAUGCUGGCUCUUUUUCCUGCAAGAAAGAAGACAUACAAGCUCCAGCCGCAGCAUCUAGGCUUGCCGGCCGUGCUUAGACAUGUUUUUGUCGCGCAGGAGGAGCUGCUGAAGCGGUCCGCAGGGGGUAUGGUCGAAAGCAGCUCCAUGCGCGUGGCCAUGAAGAAGGCUGAGGCGUGGCUGCGAACACGUCUUUGCGGGCCGCGCGCCUUCAAGGUUUCAAGAUCUCUUCAGAGCAUCACCAAUAAGAAGCCUUUCAUCGUGUUCUUUUUCCUGCUCACGGUCUACAUUCUCGUUUUUCCAGAUCUCAUCCAGAUAUUAACAGACAGCGAUGCUGAUAAAACGCUCCUCACGGCGAACACCAUUGUCUUCUUUCUGUUCUUGUUCGAGCUCAUCCUCAUUAUUUCUGUGGAAGGAAGCUACAUCUUGUCGAUACCAUUUGUACUGGAUGCUGUUUCGCUGGUCAGCAUCUUUGCUGACACAUGGUUCAUGGCCGAAAUUGCGGUGGACACGAAGAGCUCAUCGCUCACGAAACUAGCGCGAUCCUCCAGGAUAGCACGGAUUGCCAGAAUCGGAAGAGUAGCUCGAGUCACCAAGCUGAUUCCACGUGUGCUCAAGCUUUGCAGGAAGCAGAGCAAUGCACUUGCCGAGCAGCUGCUGUUGCGGCGCUUGUGGCGUCUUUUCCAAUACUUGGACACGGCUCGGGAUGGCAAGCUCUCCGUUUUCGAUUUGAAGAUUUUCUACUUGGCCCUUUUACAGGAGUGUCCUCACGUGCGCCCGGACAAGAGUGAUGUAGUCAAGAUGCUCGAGAAGGAUUCUGAGCUUUUGUUGAGUUGUGGCCAAGACGAAAGUGGUCAUGUGAACGAGCUUAGCCAGAUCCUGAGGAGGAUCCACGUAUCGCAAGUAUUCCGUGCAUAG